AUGGAAGCCUACACUAAGCUAACAGGUAUGGGCUUAUUGGACUGACACCUAAAUUCUAAUUGCAUCAAUUUUGGAAGCAUUUCUGUCAGGGUACCAUUUUGUUAUGGCACUUAAAUGAAACAUUGUACAUUGCAUUAUGUAAAAGAGUUAUAUAUUCUGCUGUAUGCAUAUGAAGGAAGUGAAGUCUUUCUGUCACUAGGUUUGAAGAAGUAAUAAUUUAUUUAUAGUAUAAGAAACGGAUUUGUUCCCCUGCUUAACAUCUCUCCAGAAAACUAGGAUUAGGUAUUGCAAACUUGCAGCAUUUCUCUCCUAUUUAUAAAUUGCACAUUCUGUGUGUAGAAGAUGAGUAUAAAGGAUGGCUAAAGGAAGUCCCUACAGAUAGUACAGGCCUCUGAUGCAUGCCAGAAAAAACCCUCUAUGUAUGUUUAUAGGAUUACAGUCCUGCCCCCCCCACCCCCCCCCAAAAAAAACCCUGGAGGGGAUCAAGGACGGAGCUUGUGCACAAGAGAAAGCAGCACAUAGAAGUGAGCUUUCACUUUCCAGAGUUGGGAUUUAUGCUGAAGGGAAGCAAGUGGCAGAACUAUCAAGGGUGAGGCCUAUGGCCACACAUUUUCCAAACUUCCCCCUCUCCUAGUUUAAAUUAAGGGGUGGUUUGGGAAACAGAAAAAUAAAAAUUGCCUCCUCGUUUUCCCUGCCUCUCUUUACCCCUCUGUAAGCCGUUAAAGAGCUUAUCAACUUUGUUUAAUUUGAAUAGGUUGAUAUAUGACCACUUAUGCAAAUUCUCUUUUUGAUUUAUUGCUCCUGUAAAAUCUUGUUAGGAUGGGUGUGUAUUGGAUGGUGUUGAUUCAAAACUGUAACCAACAUUUCUUGUUCAAUACUCCUGUUGUCUCGGGCUAGUGAGAAUCCUGGAGCCAAUGUGACUGAGUAUAAGCAGAGGAGGAGGAGGUGGAGGAGGAAGGCAGGAUAAAACGGAAAGCAAUGGAGAAAGUGAAAGGAAGCUAUGAGGGUGUAUAGAUUUCUGGUUACUAGUGCUGAGCCCAGGUUUUUGGUGGUUCUUGGACAAGAUGCCCUCAAUAUACCCCUCUACCUCAGUAAGUAUGUCCCUUCACUCCAAUGAUGGCAGCUGCUCCUCUGCCUCAUUAUUGCUAGCUGCCUGCUUGCUGGCCAGAGGAACCCAAUGAGCAAGCAGGCCGUGGCAGUUACUACUACUCUUUCUUCCCACCAUUGUAAUAAUAAGAAUAAGAAUGAAAAAUAAAUAAAUAAAUUAUACCCCUCCCAUCUGGCUGGGUGCUGGCUUUCCCCAGCCCCUCUGGGCAGCAUCCAAUAGAGGACUAAAAACACAAUAAAAGAUCAAACAUUAAAAACUUCCCUAAACAGGGCGGCCUUCAGAUGCCUUCUAAAAGUCAAGACAGUUGUUUAUUUCCUUGACAUCUGAUGGGAGGGCGUUCCACAGGGUGGGUGCCACCUCCAAGAAGGCCCUCUGCCUGGUUCCCUGUAACCUCACUUCUCACAAGGAGGGAACCUCCAGAAGGCCCUCGGCGCCGGACCUCAGUGUCUGGGCUGAACGAUGGGAGUGGAGAUGCUCCUUGUUCAUCUCCUCCACUUUGGAGCAAGACUCAGAUGAACAAGCAGAAAAUUGUCGGGGGGGGGGGGAGGUCAUGGAGAGGUGCAUUUUAACAACGGGGAAAUAAAUGCUUGUUUGAAAGUCCAGCCUUUUGCCCUUGACCCUUAUCACCUUUCUAAUCCCAGUUGUGUGGUAAUUAAAGUGUUAUUUACUUGUAAAGUGGGACGUGGGUGGCACUGUGGUCUAAACCACUGAGCCUAGGGCUUGCCGAUCGGAAGGUUGGCGGUUCAAAUCCUUGCAAUGGGGUCAGCUUCUGUUGUUCAGUACGAGCUCCUGCCCACCUAGCAGUUCGACAGAACAUCAAAGUGCAAGUAGAUAAAUAGGUACCGCUCUGGCAGGAAGGUAAAUGGCGUUUCCGUGCGCUGCUCUGGUUUGCCAGAAGUGGCUUAGUCAUUCUGGCCACAUGACCCGGAAGUUGUCUGCGGAGAAACGCUGGCUCCCUCGGCCUAUAGAGCGAGAUGAGCAGACUCUUCUUGUUAGGACUAUGUUAGGGCUGCUUUCUUUUGCGCUCUUUUGGUUUAUGAGUGGACAUUUUUGAUGUGUUUCUUAAAAUGUUAUUUCCUGAUUUGGUUUCAUUUUAUGCACAUUUUACCAUAAGCUACUUUGAGGUUGUUGGGCUUUGAUUUGUUUGAGGAUAUCAUUUUUCAAAAUGUUACCUUCUGGUGCCUUUCGUUUACUGCCAAAGCAGUUAGAGAAGAGACCCACAGAACUAUAUCUUAACCCUGUUGAGACACAGCAGAAUCUGACUGUUGAAUUGAAUAUGGUCUUGUGAGUUUCGUUUUGCAGAUAUGUAAAAGAUCAUUUCCAGCUGACUACAAUUAUAAUAGCAUAAAACUUUUUUCUUAAAUUCUGACAGAUAAUACAUGUUUCAAUUAUGCAGAAGAAAAGCUGGCUUUAAUGACUUGAUUUGUUUAAUACUGGCAGAUGAGAUCUUCUUAAGGAUUCUUCAUUCUGAUGAGCCCAACCUCAAAGAAGCACGGAAAUUUUAUGUAAAAUAGAGCGGCGUGACCUGUAUAAGUACCUGGGACAGACUCAGCCCCGAGAGGGCAAGGAAAUUACGAAGGUGGGCACAGUUUCGCAAAUUACAUUGGUUAGUUAACUCUGCUAGCUUGUUAAGUGUGGUUAAGUACAGUGGUGCCUCGCAAGACAAAAUUAAUCCGUUCCACGAGUAUCUUCGCUUGCGAAGCAACCCUAUUAGCGGCUUAGCGGAUUAGCGCUAUUAUCGGUUUAGCGGCUAUUAAAGGCUUAGCGGCUUAGCGGUUUAGCUGCUAAAAGGCUAUUAAAGGCUUAGCGGCUUAGAAAAAGGGGGGGAGCGAAAAAAAAUCUCAAGACUCGCAAGACAUUUUCGUCUUGCGAAGCAAGCCCAUAGGGAAAUUCGUCCUGCGAAGCGCAUUGAAAAACAGAAAACCCUUUCGUCUAGCGGGUUUUCCAUCUUGCGAGGCAUUCGUCUUGCGGGGCACCACUGUACUUGUUAAGUACUGGUUUUUUCAGUACCAAUUUGCUUAUCUCUGGCUUCUAUAUCUCUCUUUACACACACACACACACACACACACACACACACACACACACACACAACAGCUCCCUCUCUCUCUUUCUCUCUCUGUCCUUCACAGAUCACUAAUCUCUCCCCUGCUCCCCUAUCUUGCCGCAAAUGCCUUGCAAAAGCCUGCCUGAGCAGGUGCAUGGUCCAUGAAGCGCCUGGGGAGGCCAUCUCGUGUUACUUCUCUCUCCAGCCACGCCACAAUGCAGAAACAACAUCUACCACUUUCUUUACCAAAAAGAACCUUUGGAAAAGCCCACACCUUCUUUGCCAGCACAAGCUGACUAGUCAUGAUGCAACUGAGGGCAACAUCCUUGUUGCAUUUCUCUCCUGCUCCCACGUCCAAGCUGCUGAAAAAGUCCACUGGAGGCUGGGAAAAGCCUGUCCUUCCCUGUCCUUCCCUAUCACAUGGGCAUCCUGCAUGAAGUGAGUGAGGAAGGCAUCCCCAUUGUUCCUUCCCCUCCCCUGAAUCCUGAAACAAAUUGCCUUUCUGGGCAGUAAAAGGAGUGAUAGCCACCACUCUACCUCUCCUCUCUAGGCCACCUUUGUCUCAAACUGCACAGGCUAGCAACCUUUUAUCUUCUUCCAUAUAUCCUCAACAUUCCCUCCAAAGAGUAGACAUAGGAUUGUAUUUGCAGAGUGGAAACAGGCAUGCUCUUUUAACUUCAGAAACAGCACUGCACAACAGAGCAAUCAAUAUAAAGGCCACAGACAGGGCCCUUCUUCAGUAA